UAACUACUUUCUUAAGCAACUGAGGGAAAAUGGGAAAGCAACAGAUUAAAAACUAAUCAAGAAAACGAAAAGUAACAAUGGCGACUAGGUUUUUGGUGAAGAGACUCACGGAGGUGAAUGUUUCAAGAACUCCAGGGGGAGAUUUAUCCGGUUAUGUUUUACGACAAGCUACAACCGGUAUCAACCGCUUCUCAACCGGAUUUAAGCAAACGGAGGGCACUAGUCACGACGAUAAGUCCACAACGAAUUACGUGGCGGACAAGGCAAAGGAAGGGGUGAAGAAAGCGACAGACGCAGCCGUCAACGCAGGAGAUAACGUGAAGGAUGCGAUGGACGGUGCAUGGAAAGCGGCUAAGGAAACGGGUCAAAACAUUAGUGAUGCGGUUGCGGGCGAUGAUGACGACGGCAGGAUUCAAGAGGAUAAGGUCGCGGUGGAGUUGAAGGAUGUUCAACAGCCUGUGGAUACGACGGAGUAUAGAGGCGUGGAGGAUCUACAUCAGCAAACCGGCGGCGAAGUUAAGUCACCCUAAGCUAUUGUGAUAGUGUUUCUUUCCUUUUCUCAUUGUUGUUUCAGUGAGAGCUAGGUUGCUUGUGCCUCGUGGUUCAGAGGUUUAUGAAUGGACCGUGGCGUAGAUCGCAUUGCAAUUUGUUUUUAUUACUAGUUGAACUAAAGCAAAACAAACAACCACUCUGAACAAUUUUCUA